AUGGAGAGGUAUAAAUUAUUUGCUAAUCAAAUAAAAGAAGAAAAUGAGAAGAUCGUUAAAAAAAUAAUUUAUGUAAACAAUCGAAUAAAGUAUAAAGAAAGUAAUAAUAAUAAAAUAGGAUAUAAUAAUUAUUUUAUAAAAAGUUAUGAAGAUGAGAAAAAAGAUAAUGUAUAUAAAUAUUUUAAACACAAAAUAAUUAGUAGUAAAAAAAAGAAAAGAUAUUUAAAUGAGACCUUUCCAUAUUUUGAUAUAUAUAAAAAUACAAAUGAUGCUUUUAAAAAUAAUUUAAAUGGAUAUAAAAUAUUUGAGAUAUUAAAAAGUUAUGAUGAACUAGAAAUUUUUAAUUUCUGUUGUAAAAAUAAAUUAAAAAACUUAUCAUAUAUAUAUCAUCAGUUCAUACAAAUUAUAAUAAAUAAAAGAGAUUUAUAUAAUAUUAAUCAUAUAUUAUUAUUAAUAGAAAAUAUACGUAAAUUAAAUUUUUAUCAUCCAUUUUUUUGUAAAUUAAUAUGUAGAGAAGUAUGUUUAGACAUUUAUAAAAUUAAAAACCUUAAACAAAUAACAUCCUUUAUUAAUUUUUUAAUGCAUUUUAAUAUAUUCAAUUUUUAUUAUUUAAAUAAAAUUUAUAAAUAUGUUAACUAUUUAAUUAUUACUACAAAUAAAUGGGAUGAAUUCAUAGUUGCACACAUAAACAAUAAUGUAUAUAAUAAUAUAGAUAUGCAUAUAAAAAACACACAACAACACACUUCAAAUAUAGAAAAACAAAAUAAUUUACAAUAUAAUCAACUAAAUGAAAAUAAACAUGAACUUCUUCCUAUCUAUCCUAGUGAUAUAUCUAUAUUAUUAAAUUCCUUUUUAAAAUAUAAAUAUUUUCAUAUAUCUUUAUUAAACUUAUUGAUGUAUAUAUGUAAUAAUAAUAAUUAUCCUCAACUAAAACAUAACUCACACACUUUAUAUAUCUUGUCAAAACUUUCAAAUCAUUAUUAUUUUAUAAAUAAAAAUUAUUACUCUAAUGUAUUCUUUAAAUUAUUUAAAAAUAUUAUCAAUCAAAAAAGAAGAACACAUGAUCAUUCUGUCUUAUUAUUAAAAGGUUUUUAUAAUAUAUGUAAAACGUUUAAAAGUAAUAACAUUUUUCUAAUCGAAUUAUACAACUUGAUUCUUAAAAAUUAUAGUUUAUCAAACGACUCUGCUUAUAAUAUAAAAGAACAUAACAAUGUAAAUGAUCAAUAUGGUUCGCCCUUCAUAUUAUAUAAUUCUAAGAAAGAAACAAAAAAUAAAAUAAAAAAAAAAAAAAAAAAGGAAAUAAAAAAUAAAAAUAACAUGGAUAAUAUAAAUAGUAAUAAUAAUAUCAAUAAUAUCAAUAAUAUCAAUAAUAUCAAUAAUAUCAAUAAUAUGUAUAAUAAAAAUUAUAACAGUGUACACAUUAUGGAAACACAAAAUGUAAUACCCUUACAACCUUUUAAUAAUCACAUAGAAAAUAGUAAUUUAAAAAAAUUAAAUAUAAACAACCCCAAUUUAAUUAUAUACAAUAUGAAUAAUACAAAGAAACAAUAUUUUAAAAACCUAUUUGAUACCAUCAAAUAUAUCAUAUUAUUUAUAGAAUUAAAAAUAAUUAAACAAUUCCCUUUAAAAAAAAAAUAUGUGAACAUAGCUGAAAUUGAAUUUUUUAAAAGAAGGAAUUUUGAAAGAGAUAAGGAAAAAAAUGUAUACAAAUAUAUUGCACAAAAUAUAAGUGAAGAACAAAAUCAAUUUAUGCAAUCAUUAUUAACACAAAAUAAAAAAGAAAAUUCUCAAUUUGAUGAUUCAAACUUCAAUUUUUUAUUUUAUAUGAAUUAUUUAAAUAAAAGAGAUUUUAAAAAUUUUCAAAAUGAAGGUGAAGGUCAGUCCACAAAUGAAUCUACUGAUAAUAUUGUAGAGAAACAUAUUCAGGAUGAUCAUCAAAGAAAAAAUGAAAAUACAAUAAAUCAAGGAACAGAUAUACAUUAUGAAAAUAAAACAAUAAAUAUAACAUCUGAAGAUAUAAAUAAUUACCUUAAGAACAAAUCAAAUGUUAACUUUAACUUAAGCGAUUCAACAUAUUUUUCUCAUAUAUAUUUCAAUUUGUCUUCCAUGCAGUUAAACAAGGAAGAGGAAAAUAUACUCAACAACAGUUUUAAAGAAUUAUUAAAAUUUAAGGACUGUAUACAAGAACUAGACGUGAAUGAUGUUGCUGACUUAUUCUAUUCUUUAACCAUUUUUCAAAUUUUGCAAGGGUAUCCGCAAGGUACCAUUAUUAAAAAUAAAUUUGGAUAUUCCAAAGUCCAGCAAAAUGAAGAAAAUGAAAAGAUAUAUAAAAUAUUGUCAAACAUUAUAAUUAAAAAAAUUAUUAACAUAAAAGAAGAAAAUAUUUAUAAAAUAAUUUUGAGUUGUGCAAAUUCUGCUUACUCGGAUGUUUACUUGAAUUACUACUUAAAAAAUUUUAAUAGAUAUAUAAAGUUUAGCAAAAUGAGAAAAUUUAUCAAUUGCUAA